UCAUCUUUUUUUUUUGGUUAACGUGGCAUCUUUUUGUUGGUUGGUUUCAUUAAUUUUCGUGACCAUACGACAAGAUAGGCUGGUAACAUCCACGUGUCAAAUUAUUUCACUUGGCACCUUCUUACGCCCCAAGUUUUAUAUUUGGUUUUACCGAAAUGCCCUUAUUGAAGGCUUUUUUUGGAGAAAAGAAAUAAACUUUUUUAUGUGAAUUUUGUGAAAAAAUGCAAUAUUGACAUAAAAGGUUUAAAAUUUUGGCGAUUUCAGUUAUUAACAAAUCGGCCUAUAAGGGUAUUUUGGUAAACUUUGGAAAGGACAAAGGGGUAACUAAAAGCAAUGCUCAUAUUAUACAAAAUUGAAAGUCAAUCCUAUCAAUAUCUGAAAAACAUUUGGAAUGGCAAAAUUCUUACAGAGUUCUUUAACCAACCUCACAUUGAAUUCAGUUAAAUGGGAAACAGAAACUGGCCAUACUGCAAUAAGAAAAUCCAAUUCAAACCAAAUUCAGUGUGUCAUUACUGAAGAUAACAGAAGUAGCAUAGUUAAGAAUGGGAAUGAUUCAUUGGAAAUAUGUAAGGUUGUGAUUGGGUUGUGGCAGACAAGUGGGGGAUGGGGUAGAAUUGAUCGAAACAAUGCUGUCGAUACUAUGCUUCGAUAUGCUGAUGCUGGACUUACCACAUUUGAUAUGGCUGAUAUGUAUGGACCUGCGGAAGAUCUUUAUGGCAUCUUUAUCGAUAGAGUUCGUCGAGAGCGUCCAGCAGAGUACUUGGAUAAGGUUAGAGGUCUCACUAAAUGGGUGCCUCCACCGGUAAAGAUGACAAGCAGCUAUGUCAGGGAGAGCAUCAAUGUUUCACGAAAGAGGAUGGAUGUGCCUUCCUUGGACAUGCUUCAGUUUCACUGGUGGGAUUAUUCCAAUCCUGGCUACCUUGAUGCACUUAAACACCUUACUGAUCUGAAAGAAGAAGGGAAAAUUAGAACAGUUGCUUUGACAAAUUUUGAUACAGAAAGGCUGCAAAUAAUCCUAGAGAAUGGAAUUCCUGUUGUUAGUAAUCAGGUGCAACAUUCAAUUGUUGACAUGCGCCCUCAGCAAAAAAUGGCAGAGCUUUGUCAGCUUACAGGAGUCAAACUCAUAACGUAUGGAACAGUAAUGGGUGGUCUAUUAUCUGAGAAGUUCCUUGACACCAACAUAGCCAUUCCCUUUGCUGGCCCUCUGUUAAAUACCCCCUCUCUCCAGAAGUACAAAAGGAUGGUUGAUGCUUGGGGAGGAUGGAGUUUAUUCCAAACUUUACUUAAGACUCUGAAAAAGGUAGCGUCUAAGCAUGGAGUCUCAAUCCCAACUGUUGCUGUUAAAUAUAUACUAGAUCAGCCAGCAGUAGCAGGAUCAAUGAUAGGUGUCAGACUUGGUUUGUCGGAACAUAUCCUAGACUCGAAUGCUAUCUUUUCACUUGUUCUUGAUGAGGAAGAUGUCAACAGUAUACAAGAAGUUUCAGAAAGAGGGAAAGAUCUGCUUGGAGUGAUUGGGGAUUGUGGAGAUGAGUACCGGCGUGCAUGAGAUUCACACUUAGUUGAGAGAGAGUUUUUAAUUCAAACCUUCUUAUGAAAACAGAUUGUAGUAUAUCUACCGCAUAAAGCAGUUUCCAGGUCAGACUUAUUGGAACAUGUAGAGAGCAGUUGCCGGGGUCCAUCCAUAUGUAAUCAAGUCAAAUAUUGCAGUUUUUGUCUCUGAUUAAGUUCAUCCUUUCAUUACCAAAGUAAAAAUCAGUUUGCAACUUUUACCGGUCUCUUGCUGCUGUCAUCUGCUGUAAUAUGAAUUCCACAGUUGUAUGCAUAUCACUUCAAUACAUUAUCUCUUGUCAUGAAGAAAUUCUAUUCAGCCCUCAUGUAAAUCUCAACUUCAAAGCUUUUGGUGUGUUUCAA